AUGUUUAGCCCUGUAGUGCAGACGAAGGGCGCCUCGCGAGAAGCAUAUGACAAGGCUGUUGAUCUCCUUCAAAAGAAAUACGCCAAUAACGGGAGGAAACUCGAAUUACUCAAAAGCGCGUAUGGCAUCGAAGAUGUCCUAGAAACUGUCACUGAGGCGCAGUUGAAAUAUGCCCAAAGGACCGAGGGGUCCAAAGUGCGCAAGUGGUUGGGCGGACUCUCGACCAGAAUCACGUAUUACGGCCAAAUAAUCGACGUCUUGUCCCAACAUCACCCGGAAUACGUCUCUCUGGCAUGGGGCACCAUGAAAUUUCUCUUCGUGCUCGUUCUGAACCAUGAGGAAAUGAUAUCGGAGCUGGCCAAGGCUGUGUCCAGAAUCGCAGACGUCCUACCUCGCGCGAAAUUGCAGCUGUUGGCCUUUGGAACGGACUGGAUGAAAGACGCCACUCAAUGUCUAUACGCAGAGGUCAUAAAUCUUCUGAUGAGAUGUCUGGAAUGGUACGAAGCAAAUCCGUGGAAGCACGCUUGGAAGGCAUUCAAGGAUCCAUACAAGCUUCGUUUCCAGGAUCUCCGGGAUAAAGUCGACGAGAAAGCGCGUCGGAUGGACGAGAUGGCAAAUACGCUGUCUCAAAUGAAGAUCAAUGACAUGCACCAGGCCUUGGUGCGGAUGGAAAACACUAUGAGCGCUCACCAUCUGGUAUUAGUCGCUCGCAUAUCAGGUCUUGAACAAAUUUCCCAGCAGGUGCAAGUAACGCAGAUCCUGAACGGUACCGAACACUCACAGUUUCCAAGCCCCGUUGAGAGUCUGCGCUUCUGCCAGGCAGUCCGCAGGAAGCGGAUAGGGCAAUUCGAACUGAACAGAACAGCACUGUUACCAAGGCUCCAAGCUUGGUCUGCUGCGGAAUCAUCUUCCCUCAUCGCCAUCGCCGGCGCAGCGCCCACGCGCUUUCAGACCAAAGACCUCGCCACGGAGCUGGUCGACCUCAUCUCAGCUGCCAACAAACCUGUCAUUUGGGUGCUGAAUGGCCGUCAACCUCCAUCCAUCAACAAGGAGCUGACACAUAUCAAUCUCCUGAGACAGCUGACAAACCAACUCGUUAAGCUAAACAACGAGCGCAUGAUCGCACACGUUUCCGCCAACUUCAACGCACCACGCGUCGCAAGCGCACGCUGCGAAGCCGACUGGCUGGGAAUACUGAAGGAAUGUUUGACCGGGCUGCCGGAAGUAUAUCUCGUAGUGGACAUGGAGAUUCUCGGCAAGCCUUCAGAUGAGAACGCCGACUCUUGGCUUGAGUUCUUCCGGCUCCUUGAAACGCUGGUCAGUAGUGUUCAAGGUGUCGCCCUGAAGGUGGCGGUCCUCAGCUUCAGACAGAACUUCAUCCGCUCCGUGAGCAUGGGUUCCUCACCAGCCUCCAUAGUGUCGUUGCGAGGCGCAAAUGCCAGAGGUGGAGGGCCAGGAGUAAAGAGGAGUCAGCCGUGGGGUGAACGGAAGAACAAGAAGAUGCGUUUUGUAUGA